AUGGCGGAAACUGCAGUGAGCUCUGUUAUUAACAAUUUGGUCCCACUGUUAACCAACGAAGCAAAAUUGCUGAAGGGUGUCCAUGAAGAAGUUGCCAGCAUCAAAGAUGAAUUGGAAUACAUACUGUGUUUCUUGAAGGAUGCAGAUGUCAGGGCUGAAACCGCAAAGAUCAGUGACGGCUUGCAACUUUGGGUGAAAGACAUAAGGAAAGUUUCUUAUAAGAUCGAAGAUGUUAUCGAUGAAUACAUACUUCACUUGGCAAAGCCAUUUCAUCAGCGUGGUUUCAUCACUUUCAUUCUUAAAGUCGCUCGCCCAGUUAUUAAACUGAAGCGAAGACAUGAGAUAGCUUCCGAGAUUCAAGAGAUCAAAACAACCAUCCAGGAGAUCAAGCAAAGAGCUGAUAAAUAUAAUUUGAGUUCCUUAGAGCAAGGAUCAAGCAGUGGCACAAAAGAUGGCAUGUGGCAUGACCCUCGAUCGGCUUCUCUUUUCAUUGCUGAAGAUGAAGUUGUAGGCAUUGAAACUCUCAAAGAAGAAUUGAUAAGCAAGCUAUUGGCAGAACAAGCAACGCGUGCAGUGAUUUCUCUUGUUGCCAUGGGUGGAUCCGGAAAGACCACUGUUGCCAAGAAAAUUUAUGACAACCCAAAAGUGACUAGACACUUUGAUUGUCAUGCUUGGAUCACUGUCUCUCAAUCCUACAAGAUGGAGGAGCUUCUCAGAAAAAUGAUCAAACAGAUGUACGGAUCAACAAAGGAGCUUGUUCCUGAGGGAAUUGAUACAAUGGAAGAAGUUUCACUCAUUGAAAAGUUAAAGGAAUAUCUAGAAGUGAGAAGGUAUGUGGUCGUUUUUGAUGAUGUAUGGGGAAUAGACUUUUGGAGAUUCAUAAAACAUGCUUUACCAAAGAACAACAAAUGCAGUCGAGUAAUCAUCACCACUCGAAAUGAUGAUGUCGCUGCUUCUUGCAAAGAAUCUCUAUUUGAUUACGUCCACCAACUUGAGCCUCUCUCUCAAGACGCGGCUUGGGAACUCUUCUGCAAAAAGACGUUCCAAUUAGACUUUGAGGGUCAAUGUCCAUCAGAAUUGAAGGAAGUUUCUCUUAAAAUUGUUGGCAAGUGUGAAGGAUUGCCACUUGCAAUUGUGGCAAUAGGUGGUUUGUUAUCAACAAAAAACAAGAUUGUAUCCAAAUGGGAAAGGAUGUACAAUAGCCUCGGUAAUGAGUUACAAAGGAAUCCACAUCUUACAAGUAUUACAAAAGUCAUAUUGCUCAGUUAUCACGAUCUUCCUUACUAUCUCAAAUCUUGUUUCUUGUACUUGAGCAUAAUACCGGAAGACUUCUUUAUUCGUGGUGGAAGAUUGAUACGGUUGUGGAUAGCAGAGGGGUUUGUAAAACCAGAAAAAGGAAAAACUUUGGAAGAGGUUGCAGAAGAAUACUUGACCGAGCUAAUUCGCAGAAGUUUGGUUCAAGUGACUAAGCUAAAUUUAGAAUCCAAAAUUCGUACUUGUCGGGUGCAUGACUUGAUCCGUGAGCUCAUCGUUCAAAAAUCCGAGGAGUUGAGUUUUUGUCAAGUUGUGGAAGAUCACUCAAGUUUUGAUGGACAACCUCGGCGACUUUCAUUCCAUAACCAUGUUUAUAAUGUUAUAGAGACCAUCGGUAAGCUCCAAAUUCGCUCUUGUUUGAUUUUUAAAGUGGAUGACGAGUUGCCAAAGCCAUUUUUAGGUACGUUGUUUGCAAAAUUCAAGUUAUUGAAGGUGUUAGAUCUUGAAGGUGCUCCUUUCGAUAAUCUUCCUAAAGAGGUUGGAAAGUUAUUCCACUUGAGGUACUUAAGUGUGAGGGAUACAAAAGUGAAGAUCCUUCCAAAGUCCAUAGGCAAGCUAUACAACUUGCAGACUUUAGAUCUGAAAUACUCUCUCGUGAAUGAGCUACCCAAUGAAAUUAGUAAUUUACAUAAGUUGCGACACCUUUUGGCCUACGAUUUUAACUACAAUGUUGAUAGCUCAAUUGAUUUUAGAAGAGGAGUGAAAGUGCAUGAAGGAAUUAAGCAUUUAAAGGAACUGCAUAAACUACGUGAUGUGGAGGCAAGUCAUGAAGGGUUUGACCAAAUAAUUAGAGAGCUGGAAAAUUUGAGGGAGUUGAGAAAGUUGGGUAUCAAAAUGUUGAGAAGAGAAAAUGGGAGGGCUCUCAUUGACUCCAUUGAGAAAAUGAAACACCUUACUUACCUUAGCGUUCGAGCAGUAAGCGAAGAUGAGAUCCUGGAUUUACAAUGCAUGACAUCUCCACCUCAGUGUCUGGAAUGUCUCUUCUUGCAUGGGCGUUUAGGGAAGUUGCCGGAUUGGAUCCCUAAACUUCAAAAUCUAGUCAGAUUAAGCCUAAAUUAUUCAGGAUUAAGUGGUGAUCCGAUAAAAACCCUGCAAGACUUGCCUAAUCUGUUAUUGUUAGCUCUCCGUAAGGGAUAUGAUGGCGAGAGAUUGUAUUUUGGGGCACAUGGGUUUCAUAAACUUAAGGUGUUAUAUCUCUAUGAGUUGCAGGAGUUGAAUUCAUUGCUAAUAGAGGAAGGAGCAUUGCCACUUCUUGAGGAGCUAGAAAUUGGGCCUAGCCCGCAAUUGAAGGAGGUGCCGUCUGCCAUUCAACACCUCAAAAAACUUACACAACUCGGGUUUGUUGAUAUGCCAGCAAAAUUCAUACAAAGAAUGAGAGGAGAGGAAGGCCAAGACUAUCACAUCGUUAAGCAUAUACCAACUAUCAAGUACUCAAUCAAGGUUAAGGGAUUCUAUUAUAAAACCUACAAACUGUAG